AUGUAUACAAAUUUACCGAAGUCUUGCCUGGUUGGCAUUGUUUUGACUAUUUCCUCCCAUUCUGGCCCGCAGGUUGUUUACCAUUAUCCCCCGCUAAGUGAACCAAUCCAGUUGACGAAAGAUAAGUUAGUGCCGGAGGGUGGUAAUGGCAUUCAUGUUUCCGCUGCUAAUAAGUUUCGUACGAGUCAAUCAGAAGAUGCUGCGUAUAACAGUGUUAGCUCUUCUUCAGAUACAGCUUCAGAUGCCACAUCAGGGCUGAGUGAUAGCGAUUUAAGUACCGAUUAUGCUGACUUUUCGGACUCAUCAUCGCAGUCUGAUUCGAGCUCAGAAUGUGUUUCGGGUGCAGCCGAGGGGAAUGAUGCGGAAUCCAAUGUCCCAUCACCUUUUCCUAUGGAUUCGUCAUAUAAUCAGAUACCGGACUCACAAAGUGUUCUUGCAGCCAGUUUGAAUGCUCCAGAACUGACUUCUACGAAGCCCAAAAGUGUGAAGUCCCGUCACUCCCAAAUUAGUGCUACUAAACUUUUUCAGUACUUGGCCAACAAUAGUGAUGGAGGUGAGAGCCGCCAGCCUUCGAUUUUCUCUAAACUGACGUCUAAUGAAGACACGGAUACCCUCAGGUUAAUUGAACACGGAAACACUUAUGACGGCGAGUCAAUACUUUCUCUAGAGGCCGGUCUCGAGAAUGUGGAUGUUAAUGAUAUUAUGGAUUCCCGAAUUUUCCAAUCUGAGUACUUCCAGGAUACUUCAAAAAUACUCAACUUUAAUGCGGAAUUUGUAGCUGAGAUUUGCAGCCCUCCAAAGGAGAUGUGUAACACAAGGUUUGAAUUUACGGUUGACGAACUAUGUUUUCUAGGGUUACCUAUUCAUGUGGACGAUAAAGGCAGAUGGAGAAGGAAAAAGAGAAAAAGGAAUCCGAAUAAUACAAGAUCAAGGCGGUCAGAAAGCGCUGGUGUUCACCAUACAAUUGGAUCAGACGUGAAGACAAGUCCAAUUGCAAAGCAAGAGCAAGAUGAAAUGGCAGAUGGGGAAGCAAGUGAUCAUACUCCGUGUGGCAGUGCAAAGGCUAAUGACGAAGAACCUGGCGGGCCAACGAACAACCAACUUGAUGAAAUAGAAGACUUGCAGAAGGCAGCUAACAUGUUUCAUGUAUGCUUUAUAAUGAACCCGCAGCUGAUUGAGUACAACGAGCGGGUUGACGAUAUGUAUCAUUACAUUGUAACCAGAUUGUCUUUAAUAUUGCGAUACAUCCAAGAUAAGACAGGUUAUGUUAUAAAAGAGUGUGCCAAAAUUUUACGGACCAAGGACCGUGUCCUAAAAAGGUCAAAAACGUUGAAGAGUUUACAUGGACAAGGAGUUCAGGGCAAAUACCUCUACAAGUGCAUACUAAAAUCUUCAUCUCUUGCGCGAGCACUAACGAAAUGUUUUCACUCAAUCGUUAAUAAUGAAAUCGUAACCCUCCAUAUAGGUAACAACAAAGUGUUAUCUCUACAGAUACCCAUCAAAAACGAAUUUGCAAAUUUACCAGACCUGAAAACUAAUCCUGUGCUGCGUGGAUCAUUUCUAAGUUCCAUAUUAAACACUAAAUUUCUUGGAUACGCUUCUGAAGUUGCUAACGGAGAAUCUAGUAUACUAACUGAGCAUGAUGGUAUAUUUCAGGCAGACAACGACAUCCUUGACUAUGCUUUAUUACUGUUGGAUGAAGCUCCUAAUAUAAUCAAAGAUCUAGAAAACUCUUCUUUGGAUAAUGACUUUUCGAACUUAUUAAUGGUAAACCUGGUUAAGAUACUAAAGGCAACAGUUCCCUUACGAUCAUAUUUAUAUUUGGUUGAUCAAUUACUCGGCCUGAAUUCUUCUGCUCCACUGUCCGGUGGCGGUAGUGGUCCAAGCACUACUCCUGCAGUUUCUGUAAAUGAUAGCAGUACUAAUUCAUUUCGUUCUAACGUUCUGCGCUCGAUUGCGCUGCAUUUGACAUAUUGGAGGCACGCUAGGAUAGUUUUGCCUAUCUCUUCUAAAAAUACGUAUAUUGUCUCACCUUUGGCACCAAUCCGUGGCACGUCUAUCUAUGACAUAGAAACUGGUGAUCUUGGGAUCACAGAAGGGAAAGCGAUGAUUUACCAAAAUCAAGAACUCUUUCAUUCCAAAUUUCCCACUCUGCCAACUUUGCCAUCAUUUCUAAGCACAAUAUCGAACGCCAAGCCUCGUUCAUUUGGGCACGUUAUUCCGUCUAAAGAUCAUGAAUAUCUGUAUCUCAAUGCGUUGAGUUGGCUAAUUAGAUAUGGUUACCUGACACAGUUAUUCACGUUCAUAUGGAUACGUGUCGACCGAUCGAUAAAAAUUGCUGUUGAUGAGGACUUAGAGCGCGAAGGCGUCCGAAAAUGGAAUAGUAAAUCAACAAAAGAACAUAUUAACCCUCAUGAUAACGUCGCAACCGUAAAAAAGACACCAGACAGUGUAUCCACUGCGGACUCUAAAGUAUCAUCAGGAGCUGCAGAUAUAGAAGGCAAUGGUGAAAGUGAUUAUUCUGAUGCACCGGAGUCAAUGGACGAUAAUAUGUUUGAGGGUCUUGAUUAUACGAUCAUUUUAGAACCUAAGACUGCAACCGCGCUUGAAAAACGUUGGUUAUAUAAGUGCGUUGAGGGCCAGCCGGCUGAACUUCAAAUGCUUUUUAGGAGAGUAGUGAAAUAUUGCAAUGGCAGGACCCCACUUGAAUGGAUGAUCCUUAAAGAGAUCGCCCCUAAACACGAACUAAAAAGGCUGCUGGUGGCACUAGGAGAUUAUGCUGUUCAAGUAAGGCAUUGGUAG